AUGAGGACGUACCUGAAGAGACGGUGCCUCCUGGGCCUCGCCGCUCUCCUCCUCCUCCUCCUGCUCUGCAUUCCCACAGUAGCUGAAGUGGUGAGUUCACUGUCAAACUGCAACCAGUUUCUCCUUAAGGGAACCCCACCUGAGAUCCCAGGAAUUUUGACUGGAGGGAUCAUCUUGAACGAGAGCCGGUACAAACCCAUUUGCCAGACUUUCAUGAACCAGAGAAGGUUUGUGACGCUCUACGACACCCAGAACAGGAUUCCAGUGUUUUCUGCUUACAAGUACAGAGGGAAAGGACCAGCAACGACAAGACCCCCCUGGAGGAUCGAGCCACAGGUGCGUCUCUCACUCGAGAGCAACAUGAUAGCUGUAGACAACAACGCAACCUACGACAACCAGGCUGCAAAUGCCGAUUACAGAAACAACAGAAGGUUUGACAGGGGCCACUUACUUCCAAACUCUUACGGUUUCACCUCAGAGGACAAAUGGUCCACCUUCACCCUGACCAACGUCGUUCCCCAGGAGUCCUCGUUCAACCAGGGGAGUUGGAAGGGAAUGGAGGAGUGCGUCAAAUGUAUCAUGGACAAACACUGCGUCAACAACAAUGGCGUUACAGAAGGAUUCGUGGUGAUUGGGGCGCAGGCCAGUGCUAACGACAUGCUCAGGAACAGGGUUAAUAUUCCCUACUUGAUGUGGUCGGCUUUCUGCUGCUACAGCUCCAGGUACCAGGAUUGGAUAGCGAGCGCCCAUUGGGCUCGCAAUGUUCCUGAUCGUGCAGAUCGCAAACAUCUGCAGACCAGGCCUUUGAAAGACCUCCAUCGAGCACUGAGCACCGUGGACUCGAAGUUUGAGGUGUUUCCCAGAACACAGUGUCCUCUCGACAAAAUCAUCUCCAAUUUUAACCCGAGAAUUAACGCUGAACAAGAAGAGUGUUUUUGCCCACGCCAAACUACAACCACAACUGCACCUCCAACCAGCACGACCUCCACCGGCUUUCCCUCGACUACUGCUACCACUACCACUACAACUACAGAACACCAAACCACUGCCAGUCCAUCAACGACCACCAGAACUACAACUACUACUUCUGCUACAAGCGUUCCCACUACCACAACUACUACUACAACUACAACCACUUCCACGAGAACUACAAAGAAAGAUGACAAUUCAGGAGACAACGAAGACAGUGGGCAAGGAGGAAAUUCAGGUGGCUCAGGAGGGGGAGGUGGUGCCGGAGGAGGAGGAGGAGGAGGAGGAGGAGGAGGUGCAGGAGGAGACACCAAUGACCUUCACUCCUACAACUACUGA